ACUACUUGCUCGUAUCCCAGAAAUGCUGAUCAUAAAAAUUUAAUAAAGUGGGUCGAAACUUCAAAAAAACCAAAUAAAUCUUGGUUGCAGUCACAAAAAAUUACAGUCAUUAAAAAAACGACAUCUUUCAAAAAAGGAUUAUCACGCUUAGAGAAAUAUAUGGAUACCUUAGAUCCUGGAACAACAACUGCAUCUGAAAUGAGUGGCACUGAAGAUUCGUCCGCAUCUUUAAGUCAGUGCAAGUCGAACUUGCUCGCGGCAAUAGCAUCUUCAUCUUCUGCAGAUGACAAAGAUGAUAAUGGAGAAAAAGGGUCCAGAAUCGACAAAACCAUACCCAUUGUAGACGAUUGGGACGAAAUUCAGAAAAUAAUCAGUGCACCUUCUGAAACGAAUUCCACAGGCCAAAAAAGAAAGGCGGUUGACGAAAGUGAAGAUUAUAACGUCAAGAAAAAUUUGAUCAAAAUGUACGAGAAAGCGCAAGAAGAAUUGAAAAGAACAUACAACUCCACAAAUUUUGAGGUAACUAAACGUCUUGAACAAUGCGAAACAACGUUGCUGAUAAACAUUGGUCAACCAAUGGGAAAAGGAGUAACUAGUGAUUUGAAAAGCUUGGAAGUAAAAUUACCAAUUGUGGAAUUACAAGUUUUUGAGAAAUUCGAUGCUUCGUUAGCAACAAGCAAUGAAAAUGCAAUAGCUUUGAAAAAUGUUAUGCAGUCGUAUGCUCGAGGAAAAAAUACAGUCACAUUUGCUAUUCGUGCAAUAUUGUCGGAAGUGAUAAGUAAAGAUGUGCAAGUGAAAUUUUCCGGAAAGGGAAAAGCUCAACCGAAAACGGCAUCUAAGAAAGACUUUAGCUCGACGAAUACCUAUAAAUGUAUGAGGGAGAUUAUCAUGAAACAACUGGGAAGUACUACCAAUGAAAAACAGAUUGGCGAAAAGACGGGCAAAUGGCUUAAAGGAGCUUCGGACAGAGAUGGUGGUCGACAAGCUAGAUAUAAAAAGCUUAAUAACGGUCAAGAAUCAGAAAAUGCUUAAAAUCUUUGUUUUUAAAAAGAAAGUUUAAUUUUGUUUAAAAGUUGGAAUUAAAACUAAAAAUUAAUUUUAAUAAGUUAUUAAUGUAACGAUGCCAAACAAAUCGCUAGAAAAAACCAUUUUUUAAGAUUACUUUUAUUUAUUUCUUAAUAAUAUAGAUUUCACUAAUGUCGCA